CUCACUGAGCUCCUCUUCACCCCCAGGCCAAUAGACCCAUGCCGGUGGCCGCGCUUGCCCUGGAGGUCAGGCCGGGGCUGCGUCGACAUCGCCUUCGCCGGCCUGUGCCUUGCGGUGGUGUAUCUGCUGUGCCUGGAGACGGGGCUGGUGCUGCAGCUUAGUGCCUGGGUGAGCCGGGGCUGGCAGGAAGCCUGGGGGCACCAGCCGCGCAAGGGAGAAGAUCAUCCAGGGCCUCAACACAUCCCCAGGGACCAAUGGCACCGCCUUUCCCUGCAGCAAGGCCAGCCGGAUGCCUGGGUCCCUUGGGGAGGUGCUUAGGCCCCCGUCAGCCAGGAGCUGGUGCCCCGGAACUGGCAGCUUCUUCUGGCACCUGAUGGAGGUGCUGUUCGGGGGGCAGCACCAGGAGGGGGCCCCAUGGCUCAGUGACCCUGGGGGCCCCUUGCCCUGGCACCUCUGGAAGGAGGGGAUGUCCCAGCAGAUGCUGAGCCCGCGGCUCCAGCGCAUCUUCAGGAACUACGAGGCUGGGAACAAGUACCAGGUGCCCCCCGAGGCCGGGGCCAGGCGAGGCGGGGCCAGGCGGACAGGGCCGGAGCUGCUGUGCCAGCUGAAGGCUUGGGUGAUGGUGCGGACCCUGCACCCAGAGGAGGGGUCCUUCGCCGCCUCUGAGUGGAGGGGGCUCCUGCCCCAGAGGGACCUGGCGGAGGAGCUGGGCCCCCUGCACACCUGCGCUGUGGUGAGCUUGGCCGGGUCCCUGCAGAAUUCAGGCCUUGGCAAGGAGAUCGGGGAGUACACCCACGACACGGUGCUGAGGUUCCACGUGGCCCUGACGGCCGGCUAUGAGCGCGACGUGGGCUCCAAAACCACUCUGCGGCUGCUGAUGGCGUCCAAGGAGCUCCACUUUCUGUACAACCCGCUCCACGAUGAUGGGGGGCAGGUGGCCUGGGACCCAGCCCCCUACACAGCCGACCUGCAGGAGUGGUACCGGACCCCCGACUACCCCAUCUUCAUCCAGCUCUGGGCAGGGCGGGCGCAGCGCCCCCACCAGGCUGCCCCCAUCCUGCACCCGCAGCUCCAGUGGCAGCUCUGGGACCGGGUCCAGGAGAACGCGGCCGAGGUCAUUCAGCGCAACCCACCCUCCUCCGGGCUGCUGGGCACAGUGCUGAUGAUGUCCCUUUGCCGGCUGGUGCACCUGUACGAGUUCCUGCCCUCGCAGCGCCGGACCGACCAGUGUCACUACUGAGACGCGGCCUGUACGCUGGGCGCCCACCACCCGCUGCUCUCCCAGAAGAACCUGGGGCGGCGCAUGAACCGCGGCUCCGACGCCGACGUCUUCCUGCACGGCCGGGUCACGCUGCCAGGGCUCGACACCCUGAACUGCACUGGGGCCCCCGGGGGGGGUGAGCACCUCGCACUGCAGGGGGUCCCCAGGUGGGGGUGAGCACCCCGAACUGCAGGGGGUGCCUGUGGGGGGUGAUCACCCUGAACUGCAAAGGGUCGCCCUGGAAGGCUGAGCACCCCGAAGUGCAGUUCCCCAGGGCAGAUGCCCCCCCAGCCCCGCAGUCCCCUGCUGCGCAGGGCGUGGAGGAAAUGGUGCAGCAACCAGGAACGAUGGAGCAAUUGCAACGUGGGGAAGUGGCAG